AUGUCCACGAAAACGCCCAACCCGCCAAACCCCCCGCCGCCCACCAACGGCACCCCCAAAUCCACCAACGGCACCCCCCAACCCACCGCCAAACCCACAAACGGCACCACCACCACCACCACCACCGCCCGGGGCCCCGACAGCGACUACUACACCGCCCCCGACGCCUCCUCCCUCUACACGGGCGCCGGCGGCUCAGGUAUGUACAACCCCGCGUUCGCGCCCCCCCCCGCAUACUUAUCGCAGCCAACCCCCAACACCACAACAAUCCCGAUGCCGCCGCCCUCGCCGUCGCCGUCGACGCCCGGCGGGAGCAGGUACAACCCUGUGCCUGUGCCGCAGGUCAACCCGUUCUUCCCCAUGGGCGGGAAGGAGAAUGUUGCGCUUGUGAGUCCGAAGCCGCAGGUGCAAGUCCAGGGAGUUCAAGGGCAGAUGGGGGGACAGCAGCAAUGGCAGAUGCAGCAAUGGCAGAUGCAGCAACACGCGUCGCAUCCGGCCGCCGCCGCCGCCGCCGCAGCAGGGCCGCUCGUGCACAACCACCCGCCACACAACCACAACCACAACCACACACUCCCGCCCCACACACACAACGGCGGCGGGGAAGCCGCAUCCUACUUCUCCGGCGCCUCCGCCCCCACCCCCCACAACCACAACCACGACCCCAGCCUCCCCCCGCCCCUCCGACAGUCCUUCAAAAAGCUCUGGGACUCCCUCCGCGCCGAGGAGCGCCACGCCGUCGGCCAAUUCGAGCUGUACAGCGAGAUCACGGGCGUGUGCGCGGCCUGCUUCACGCCGGGGACGUCCUACACGGAGGCGCCGCGGCCGCACCACUACGGGCAGCGGUGGAGCCGGCGGCGGGGCGCGUGGCGCGUUCGGAGGGGGCGGCGGCGUGUCUGGCUGCCUGUGUUCCGGCGCGGCGAGGAGGAGGCGGUGAGUGGCAGUGGGAGCAGCAGCGAGGAGACGAGCAGCAGCAGCAGCAGCAGUAGCAGUAGUUCGAGUAGUAGCAGUAGCAGCAGUGAUAGUGAUAGCGGGGUGUCGGAGACGACGAGGACGAGGAGGAAGCUGAAGCGUGUGAUACGGAGGGAGCAGAAGGAGCUGAGGAGGCAGGAGAAGUACAGUGCGGUGCAGGUUGCGCGGCAGGAGCGGCGGGAGCGGCAGCGGCGGAGGAGGAGCAGCGGCGGCAGCAGCAGCGUGGAGAAGCCGCAUUACGACCCGGGCUACGGACCCGACGGGAAGGCGCAUCCGCGCUACUACGCGGCCGGCGAGAAGGCGGGCGCGGGCGGGUCGAUCAUUGGCAGCUGGUUCGGGUCUGGGAAUGCAAAGAGCGGCAGCGGCAGCAGCAGCAGCAGGGUGAAGACAUCUACGAAGCACUGCCGCACGGCCUCUCAAACCUCGAUCGCCUCCAGCAGCGCCUCCGCCUCCGCCACCGCCGCCGCCGCCGCCGCGCACCCGCAGUUCGAAGUCUCCUCGGCCAGCGGCGCCUCCGACGACGGCCUCGCCUACGGGCGCUACUCGUCCUCACCCAGCUCCCUCGGGUCGCGGCGGGCUAAGACCGGCUGGUUCUUCCGCGCGCUCAGCUCCAACACCAAGUCCAAACACACACACAAAAAGACGCGCGCAAAAGGCAAAGGCAAGUCCAAAUCCAGCGGCACCUCCUCCAGCUCCUCCUCCUCCUCCUCCUCAUCAUCAUCACACUCCUCCUCCCCCCCGUCCGACGACGGCCUCGCAUACGGCACGUCCACCCGCGCCGCGUCCCUGCGCAGCAACCGCUCCAUCACCUCGUCGCUGCGCUCCGCGGGCUCCCGCGUCUUUGGCGUGCAGCGCCGCAGGUCGUGGGACGACAUGGGCACGCCCCCGUCGCCCAGCGCCACCGGCAACAAGCGCCCCGGCAGCGCCGCCGUCGGCGUCGGCGUGAAGCGCUCCAACUCCGUCGGCGCGCGCAGCGCCUGGUGGGGCGGUAGCAAAACCACCACCACCACCGCCACCGCCACCGCGGCAUCUACACAAGGCGGCUGGUUCUCUGGCGGCGGACGGAAGGCGGGCGGAUGGUUUGGCGGGUCCGAGAUCGUAGCACGGAGAGAGAGAAGCAGAAGUAGGUCAGUCAGUUCGGCGAGCAGCAGCGAGGUCUGGCAGGAGGGCGUCGAAGGCCAGGGGCAGUGGAUGUACGGCACGACGGCGGCCAUCGACGUGACAAAGUCCACGAGCGCCAUUUCAAGCACCCUAGUCGGCACGCAGAGCCACCACGCGCAGCAGAGCGCGCAGAUGGAGAAGUCGUACUCGACGACGGACGUCACGAGCAGUCGGGAGCGGGCGCGAAAGAGCACCACCACCAGCAGCACCGUCGGCGUCACAGACACGCAGAGCCAGGUAUUCACGACGCUUCCCAGCGGCGAGCGGCGCUCCACGAAGGAGGUGUGGGUCGACGGGCGGGCGGGCGGUAGUGAUGCCCGGCGCAGCAAACGGACGGCGUCGGUGGACGGCUGGGAGAGCGGUCAUCACUCACACUCACAGUCGGCGUCACACUCGGCUUCGCAGACCAAGACGACGACGACGGCCACCACCACCACGACAUCGAAGAGCGGCGGCGGGUUCUUUGGGCUGUUCUCGGGGCGCAGCGAGACCAUCUCGGACCGGAGCAAGAAGGAGAAGGAGAAGGACGGCAGGAAGACCGUUGUGGUGGAGGAGAAGGAAAGCGGCGGGAGGAAGGGCAAGGUGUACAUGGGCCGCGACGGCAAGAUCACCCGUGGCGGGGAGUCGUCGUCGUCGUCGUCGAGGGUGCAGAUUGUGGAGGAGGCGGCGGGGCCGGUGAAGCUGACGAAGGUCUAUCCAAUGGCUACCAAUGAUCCCACAAGAUUCGAGACCGCGCAGUCCUCCUCGUCGGAGCAGACGACGGCGACGGCACACAUUGCGCGCCGGGAAGCCGUCGCCGAGUCCUCCAGCUCUUCUUUCGUGCGGGAGUCUUACUCGUCUUCGCAUCAGCAGCAAUCAUCAUCCCACCACCGCGAAUCCGCUUCAACGGCGACGUCGGGAACGAAUGUGGUUGUCGGUGGAUUCACGAAUGUUGCUGAGCAGAGGAGGCCGCUACCGGUGCCUAUUCAGCAGACUGCACAUGCGCCGUUGCAAAUACUGCCUGGUGCUGCUACUACUGCUGCGACUAAUACUACUUCUACUAUUGCCCAUGCCCUGACUUCUACUCAUGCUCCUACUACUUCUACUAAUGUUGCGACUGCUAUUACACCGUCCGUUACUGCCCCCAUCACACCCACCACCACCACAAUCACCCCCAUAUCUACCACCAUAAUCAAUAAUCACAACACCACAAUCCACCAUGCCAUUACCACCUCAAACAUUAAUACUAAUACCAACACCAACACCGCCUCCAUCUCAAACACCACCGCCCUCCCCGUCCACUCCGUCUCCACCGGCGUCGUAGAACACGCCCACUCGCACACCAACACCGCCGGCUACAGCGCCACCCUCGUGCAAGACGUCGCCGCCGCCACGGCCGCCCAAGUAGCCACCGUGUACGCGCAGGAGCGCGCCGACCGCGAGGAGCGCGAGAAGCUCGACAUCAUGAGCCGCGAGCGCCACUACACCAGCGAGCGCGAGCGGUCCGAGCAGAUCCAGCGCGAACUCGCCGAGCUGCGGGAGCGCGAGGAGCGCGCGGCCCUGGCGCACAAGGAGAAGAGCGACCGCGAGGAGAAGGAGCGCCGCGCGCUGCGCCUGGCGAUCGAGAAGAAGGAGCGCGAGGAGGCGGACCUGAAGCUGAAGCGGGAGCGGGAGGAGCGCGCGGCCAUCGAGCUGAAGAAGAAGCUGGAGUGGGAGGCGCGCGAGAAGGCGGAGGAUGAUGCGGCGCGGCUGUCGCGGCAGAAGCAGGACGAGGAGAAGAUGGCGGCGAUUAAGGGCGAGGCGGAGAAGCUGUACCGGGAGUGGUGUCGCCAGCAGACGCUGCAGCGCUUGCAGAGGGAGAGGGAGAGUGAUGAGCUCUUCCAGAGGACUAAGAAGCAGCUUGAGGAGCAGGCAAGAGAGCUCGAGAAGCAGGCCGCGGCACAGAAGGCAGUUGAGGAGGUCCAGGCGGUCGAGGUUGAGAAGAGGCCCAGGCUUGAGAGGGAGCUCCAGAUGUUCAAGGAUGAGGAGAAGAAGAGCGAGAUGCGCCGCGUUGAGGUCAGCAAGAAGCUCGAGGAGAAGGCGGUCGAGAUCCACAGACUCCAGGAGCAGAAAGAAGUCUACAUGGCUGAGCAGAAGAAAGUACUCGCUUCUCAACAGCGGGAAAGCUUCAUUUCUGGGACCGAAUUCCAAAAGAAGAAGGAUGCAUAUGUUCACACAGCAAUCCAAGGAAAAUCAUCGCUCGAGGCUCAACGCAUGGAGUUCUUGAAGGAGCAGGAUCGUCAGGCUCAGGCGGCUAAGGUUCUGGAGGAGACUCGUAGAAUCAAGUUCGAGUCAGAGAUGCACAGCAACAGGCACGAGCAGCAAACCAUCGAGAUCCAGCGUACCGAGAUUGUCCAGGAGCGCCAAAAGACAGUUGAGAGACUGUCGAUACUUGAGCAGACCGUUGUUGAAGCCCAUAGGUCGAGGGAUGAGUCCAAAGUUCGUGAAGUGCAGCAGCAGAUCCAGAUCGAGAAGGAGAAAGAGACCAGGCUUAGGAUUGAAGAAGAAAGGAAGGCCACGGCCAUCAACGAACUUAGGAAGCAGGAAGACUUACGGGUACAGCGUCUGGAGCUUGAGAUUGCCGAUGAGCACAGGAGAGAUCAAGCCGCACUGAUUGAAGGACAGAAAAUCGUAGCCGCCGAGACUGAAGCGAAAAGGCUGCAGCACGACCAGAAGGCCCAACAGCUCGACUCACUAAUCCGCGCCGAGAAAGAGAAGGAGAGUCAGCUCAAGAGGGUGGAAGGCCAAAUGGUUCAGGAGCAAAUGCAACAAACGAGAUUCAAGGAGGAGAAAACUAGGGAGUACACUGCUCAAGUUCAGGUCGAGGAGAAGAAGUCUAUGCAAGUACAGAUCGAGAAGCAAAAGACCUCACAGGCCGAAACCGAAUUCAGAUACAAACAUGAAGAAACCCAGGAUCUUGCAAGAAAAGUUGCAUCAGAAGCAGCGAGAAUUGAAAUGCGAAAAGUGGAUCAGGGGAGGAGCCAAGUGGAGUCAAGAAGAGAGACAAAGACGCGGGUAGAGACAGAGAAGACUAUUGAAGCGACUGAAGAGAAAAUGCGAGAAGUACUCCGGGAGUCAGUGUCUGACAUGGAAUAUCAGGAAGAAAAAGACAAGACUUUGACAGAAGAGGAGCAGUAUAUCGAGGCCGAGGUCCGGAGGCGUUGGGAGAACAAAAAGAAGGAACAGAGGCGUAUCGAGCUCCAGAAACAGCUCGAGGACCUUCAACGACAGCUGGCCGAGAAGGAAGCCGAGAAGACAGAGAGGGAGCGGGUAGAGAAGGAGAAGAGGCGUGCCCGCAGUCGGGAGAAGAAGGCUCAGCCCGGGUACCAAGAACGAGAAGUCAAACGAAGCAGAGAAAGGUCCAAGAAGCGCGACAGCCAAGCAGCAGUAGCUCGCCGUGAGGAAGUUGAGUUUGUUCGUGAACAGGCAGGGCUAGACAAGACUACGGAGAAAGAGAAGAAGAAGAAGCGCCCCUACAGCACAUUCGAUCCCCUCCCAGAAGGAGAUAUCCCCGGUUUUACUGAAGGAAGAUGGACGGUUCCAUAUGGAGUUCCUCAGCUCAUCGAAACGCCGCCUACACCACCUCCUGGCACACCAAGAUUUCCGCAACGAAUCCAUUGUUAUGGGAGUUACUUUCCCCCAGUAGCAACCCAGACUGACCCGAGCAUGCCGGUUAUCCCACCGCCCCCAUUUUAUUUCGCUCAGCCGGUAAUGGCCGCUGAGACUUCCGAGGAGUUCGGGAAGAGAAGUCAGAGAACCUCAUCCGAGUCUGCUUCUAGAUCACAAGUGGUCGCCGAGACAUCUGCCGAAUUCGAGAAGAGGAGCCAACAAGCUUCCUCCGACUCCAUCUCAAAAUCCAUGACUAUCGCUGAGACAUCUGCCGAAUUCGAGAAGAGGAGCCAACAAGCUUCCUCCGACUCCAUCUCAAAAUCGACGACUAUCGCUGAGACAUCCGCCGAAUUCGAGAAGAGGAGCCAGCAGGCCAUAUCUGAGACUGCAUCAAGGACGGAGAUUUCACGAUCAUCGACCUCUUCUGAAAUCAAAACAGCUGCGGAGACUGCGAGACGGGUUGAACGCUCCAUUACAUCUUCGGAGUUCGAGAAAAUGACUGAUAAGAGUUCUAUUGAGGACGUAAGAAGAGUUGAGCCGGUCAGGGCUGUAACUUCCUCCGAGAUUGAACACACUUCAGGAACUGCUGAUAUUGGCUCUUCAAUCACAAAAGAUCAAUCGGUGGCUUCUACCGAGGCGGCAAAAGCUUCUCCAGGAUAUGGAUGGGGUAGCUUUGGUAGCUUUGGAUCUGGACUUGUGAAGGCAGCGGCCUCAGUUAUUAGCGAGACACCGUCUCUUGUCACAGGAAAUCCUUUUGUUGGAACGCCCGUUGCCCCAGUACCGACGGUGCCUAACCUUGGUUCUGCGGUCAUUGACUAUCAACAAAAGAGCGAUUCUCAGCAAUAUGAGCAGACGGACUCCCAACAGCAACAAGAGCUAGUUUAUCAAGGAUGCCAACUUCCACCCAACUUCUCCUUCGGAACGCCUGCCAGAACUGCCUAUAUGCCUUAUGGUCCCGAGCUCCCGCCGUACUUGACCACUGAAUCUUCUAGUGCCGUGCUCCAAAGAACAGAGUCGGGGAGUCAAUCUUCUCAACUAAGCUACCAACAAGCCUUUUCAGAUCACAGUGUCCAACAGACUACUAAGCCCAAGUUCUCCGAAGUGGAGUAUGGUCCGAAAUUGCCUCCAAAUCUCAUCACGGAAAACCAGUCAUCCCAGAGCUCAACAGCUCAGUCAAUCUACGAACAAAUGUCUUCUGACUACAUCCGCUCCAAGGAGUCUUCAGAUGUCGAAUACGGCCCAGUCUUGCCUCCAGCUUGGUCCCAGGGGACACAGGGCUCAUCCGAACUUCGAUCUGGAGCCAGUUACCAGCGCUCGGAAUCAGAUCACAGUCGUCAGGAAUCCUCACAAGUCAUCUCAAAGGCCCAAACAUCCCAAGAGAAUGUUCAUGAUUCAACCGGGGAAUUCCGCUUUCCUGGUGCAUUCGACGACGAGGAGGUCGCCCCUGAUGUAGUAUUGCCACAGAUUCCACGCAGUGAGAAAACUUCAUCUAACCCUAUCUAUCGCCAUACUUUGGCAAAUGAGGGUCGUUCUGUUUCCGAGUCUGUUAUCCGAAGUCACUCAGAAGCUGCAUCUCGUGAAGAAUCAUCAUCUUUCUCUCGAGAGGUGGAAUCUGAUAGGAGGCAAAUAACGCAAGAUAACCAAACCCUGCCCGCGUCUACCAACCGCCCCGCUAUUUUAGGGGAAAAUCGUUCUGUUUCUGAAUACUCCAAGGAUGUUUACUCCUCGGAAUCGGCAUCUAAAUCCACAUCUAGCAUUGCACAGGAUACAAGAGUUGACAUAGGGAAUGUGACACACGAGAGUAAUUCACCUGCUGCGACUCCUUAUCGCCCUGCCCUUGCUAGUGAGAGUCGGUCCUUGUCCGAGUCAUCAAAAAAUAUUUACUCCAGUGAAUCUACAUCUAGAAUAGCAUCAAGCUUGUCAAGAGAGGUUGACUUAAAGGAAAGUUCACGAGAGGAUCAGAUUUCAGCUGCACACGUUAAUCUUCCUACGCUCGAGAGUGGUAAACGCGCCUACUCCGAGACUGCUUCCACUCUAUACUCUGCGGACUCCAACGCUACAUCAACCUCCACGAUUUCGAGGGAUCAAUUCCAAACACCCCCAACCGGCUACACAAACCAAAGUUCUCCCGUCCAAGGCGCACCAAACUACAGGCAGCAACCAUCCCCGCCCAAUGUCUUUGCAUUUGAGGAUAACGAGGCAUCAACCACUCCAACAGCAGCAAUUGGCACGGGUAGAAUCGUUUCAGAUGACGGUAAGCGUUUGACACGGGAGGAGAAGGAUAAAGAUAACGAAUUGAUGGCCAUUGCAAUUGCCUCCGCCGAAUCAGUUGGCUUCGAUCCUGGCUUGAUCCUUGGUAAUAUUCAGCCCCACAGGCUUAGCACUGUUAUCGAGGCUGGAGAAACAACACCUGUCACUACCACGGGCCGUAGACCAAGCAUUAUUGCUAGGCCUCGCAGUGCCUUUAUCGAAGAAGUUGAGGAUGAGGACAGUGCAAAGGCGAAGAGACAGCUUGGCCAGCAUGAAUUUUCCGCAGAGGCCUAUCUAUCUCAGGCAGAAAUCCUAGCUCGCGAGGAGGCUAGAUCUCGAUCAGAACAGCAGUUAGCCAGCGGUUCGCGUUCGGUGCGUCAAGAUGAGCCCUCGGUGCCGCCAACUGUACCCAACCCCACCUAUUCAUCCACACCCGAAGGUUUAGGGCCGAGGCAAGAACCCGUUCCUCCGCCGCAACCAAUUGACGCGCCAGCCAACCCCCCAGAAAUCCCGCAAGCACACCCAGCGCCGCCGCCGGAAGUUAUACAGGAGAGGAAAAACCGUGCCCACGCCGUUACAAGGAGCGGUCCUGCAGCUAGAUCUUCUUCUCUCUCUGGAAGUCUCAGUUCAACUCGUGAAGAGGAGGAGCCCAAACGACCUUCAACAUCCAGAUCAUCCUCGCUCUCGGGGUUCUUCAGACGGAAGAAGGACAAGGAUACUCCUAGCUUAGCUGACAGUGGUGUAGGACUUGAUACGGACGAUGGCACAAGGAGAGGAAGGGUACUAAAGAGUGAGGAAGAAGAGGCACAGAUGAGAAGAGAAAGGCAGGAAAGGGAAAUGACAGAAUCUGAAAGUAGCCGCGGUAGAAGGGAAAGGUCUAGCGGGCCACGCUUGCAAGGGCGAGCAACAGAAAAACCCUCGACAGAAAGGCAAACACUUCCUAGGCGGUCCACCGAUCAAGUACCGUCAGACCGGGACGCAGCUGAAGACCCUCAAAAUCUUCCACGGCGGUCUACGGAAAGCGUGAUAACAACACACGAGUCACAAUCACAUGAGAAUGAGCCACAUUCUGAGAGACAUUCACGACGGUCAAUCGACAGUGCAUACCGCAACCAAGAGAGCUUCAAACCUGCUGAGGGCACAGAGAUUGAUGAAGAGGAAGUUAGUUCUAAGGCGGAGACGGAGUCUUUGCGCAGGGCGAAGUCUAAGAUGAGGAACGUGGGGAAGAUGUUUGGAUGGACAAGUAGGUCCAAACGUGAAAAGAGUUCGUCAAGGAGUAGGGAGGCAUCUCAAACGCGUGGAGAAUCGGUAAGGCCAAUGCAUAAAAGAUCGGGUUCUGAAGCCAGUGGACCAAAAGACAGGCCCGAUAACCCAAGGCACAAUACCGAAGAAUCGGAGCAAUUUACUCCACCACAAAAAUCAAGAACAUCCUCUCUAAGAGACGUGGAUAUGACUUCGAGUUUUGAAAUAGUUGAAGACGAAAGCUUUGCGCCCACACCUAACCGCGACGAACCAGAACCCCCUAUCAUCGACUCAGCAAGCCUUACACAGCACAUUGAAGCCAACAUGGCUAAGGCUACACAACACGCGGAGACUAAAUCUCUUCACCACGAGGCAUCUCCUGUAGAACCCGCAGAAAUUCCUGAACGGCCAAAGUCAGAACGCAGAUUGAGCGAGAUGAAGGGUCUAUCUGGGGUAUUUAGGGCCGCCCGCCAAUUGAAGAGAUCAACCACAACACCUCGUAUUCCCACGCAGGGAGAGAGGCCAGCAGAAUUGACUAGAGCUGAUACUGAUAGCAAAAGUUACCGCCCAUCAUCAUCCUCUGGGGGAGCGAGUAUACACCAGGGCGGUUUUACUCACAGCUCACAAGGGGGCGAAGAGGGUCAGAGGGUAGCGGGAGAUGCUCCUUCGUCAAGUUCAGUGGCUGAGGACUCACGUGCUCCUUUGACAAAUGCGAGAUCAGGGUCAUUGAGAAGAAAGUCGACAAAGUCGUUGAGGAGUCUAUCUGAAUCACAACAAGCAGGGAGCGUAGGGCAGAGCCAGGCCGCCGAAUCAACGGAUGACGGGAGAGAGUCAGAUUCCAACAUUCGUCUUCCAAGGAAGAGCACCAGUAUAGAGAGAAAGGUGAAAGAAACUGCCAAUUCCCAUGCCCAUAAUCACGACGGGGAACCGGUAGCUAAGUCUUACAACUAUGUCGAAAAGUCUACUUCUGCUGAGAUGCUAACUCGUUCCGAGGGAGUUGAUCUAAGUAGCGACUUUAGGGGACAGCAUGAAAAUACGCAAUCGUUCUCCGAACCCCCUGAUAUCUUCGACGAUCGAGACUCCCCGCCCUCUAAUGAAACCCUACCGAUAGAAUCAUCACCUAAUUCCCCUCUGUACAGCCCAAUCCAACAAUCACGCAUUCCUGAUACUUUUUCAUUUUCUUCUCGUACUCCAUCUCCCAUUUCAAAGUCUGCCGCGGUUGAUAUUUAUGAAGAAUACCCGGCUUUACCUCAGAGCAAUCCAUCGUCUCCUUACAAUUUUUCUCCCAUAAAUCAAAAUAUAGAUUCAGAACAACUCCCAGUACACGAUGAGGAGAUCCCUGCCCUUCCAUUUAGCGGGCUUUCUUCAUAUGUUCAAACCCCAGCUGCCGGAAAUUUUCAACCCCAGCUUGAGAGCCCGACACAAUCCCCUUUCAUGAAUUUCUUUCAAUCAGCAUUUCAUAAUUUCUCAGAAAACGCCGCAAGUAGUCCUUCAUGGGCACAGCUUCCUAAUGUCUUCUCAGAGGAGCGUUCUAUUUCCCCCAAAGAUAUCUCAAUUCCAAUCACCGAGACCCAACAACUUCCAACAACUUUGGGUGAUUCAUCAGAAAACAAUAUUCCAGAAACCUUUGAAGAACAUCCCACCCUACCGCAAACCGAAGAAUCGAUACCCCUAAUCCAAAACUCCGAGCCACCAACCGUACCUAAUUUCAUCCCCGAGCCCUACCCGGCACCGAUUGAAGACAAUUCUCUUACAUCUGAAGAUCAAGGUGAUCGCAGCAUUGAACUCCCACCGAUUAGUUCAAUCUUCUCGGGUGAACCAAAACCCCUCCACCACGAUCAUCUUGAAGAUACAAUACCUGCCGUGGAUGAUCGUGCCCCAUUGCCAAUUGAAACAGUCACCGAAUAUAGCGAAGAUGGUAAUCCAAUCACAAGUAGCUCGCCAUCUCCAAAUCUUUCAUCAGAGGCCGCGGGAAACCGUCAACUUUCGGCCUCCGGACUUCAUGAAUUCCCUGACCUUGAGCAAGUAUUGAGCGGUGAGACAGCCCAAACUGAGGAAGAACAGCGACCAGUAGACCCUAUAUUCGAUAUGCCCGAGAACCUCCCGGCUCUUCCCGACUCACCUAUUGAGGAGUUCGGACAGUCAACCGAAGACCUUCUCUCAGCAUAUGAAUAUGAUAUAGGAAAUAAUUUAUCCGCGCCUACUCCUAGCGAACCAGAGGCUCGAUACAAUGUACAGGAGCAGUCAGAAAUAAACAGUAACCGAUCUUCUCUGCAUCUUCCAGAUCUAGUUCCUGAAAACAGUCACUGUAUGCCAGAAAAUGAGCCACACAUGCACACAUCUCAGGUUGGAAACAAGGUUGCUCAAUCGCAGUUACCGCCGCUACAGACGGAAUUCCAGUUCCCCGAUGUAAAUGACUUACCACAGUUGCCGCCCAGCAGCUCCUCAUCAGCUUCCCUUGACUGGGUUUCAGCUGGAUCGCCAUCUGAAAAUGAUCCGGUCUCUGUGGAUCUUGGGGAAACUUUCAUUGCACAUUUCCUAAGUCAAGAUGUGUCUCCAAUUGCGGUGGCCCCCGUGACCUCCGGGGCCGGUCUCGAUACAAGUUCUCCUAGCCAACCCGGCUCUCCAAGCCACUCAGAAAUUGAAAGAAAUGAACCAACUAUUGAAAACCUUCCAUUCACUUCGAGACCUUCAUCUCCGCAACUUCCUGACCUUUCCAAUGAUUUACAGUCCACAGACUUUGCAUCCACCAAUACAGCCGAUCUUUCUGAGCUGCCAACAUCAACAUAUCCAACUUUUGAAGAAUCCGUUAGAUCAAUAAAUAGUGCCUCACCCUCAAUCGUGGCUGAAGAUGAGUUCUACACAAGCCAGCCUGCAUCACCGGUGUUAGCUACUAUUCCAGACAGCACCGAACAGAUGUAUGAACCUGAGCAUGGUACAUUAUACGAUCUUCCAAAUGAGCUCUAUGAAAUUCCAGACAGGGAGUAUACAUCAUUGUCCCCUAUCUUUGAAGAAUCUUCGGUAUCAGCGAUCAGUAGGGCAGCCUCCGCCAUGGCGGGUGAUGACUCCCGAUCUCUCGCAUCUAUGUCUUUCAGCCGUUCAGCAUCACCGGAGGUUUCGCGAGCAGCUCCCAUUGACCGCUCACAAUCACAAUAUGAAGAUUCUUUCGAAUCUAGAGACUAUGAGGAUACUACUUCGGCAGGGGCUCUGUUGCCAACAAUCGCAGAAAUGAUUCCGGAAGACCACCGACAAGAACCACAAUCACCUACCCUAGGGCCAUUGCUUGGUGAUCACCAGUCCGAAGCCCAGCUACCACCCACGGAAUAUGAGGAGCAGUCCGAGGCUCAUAGUGCACAGCCUGCUGAGCAUACAGUUCAGAAUGAAUUGACCACUACUGAACUUGAAUCCGAAAAUGGACGCGAUUCCGAGAAUUUCUUCAUGGCACGGGAGCCUGAUUUUGUGCCCACCGAGAACGACCUAAAGCCUAAGAGUCAAGAAAAUGAGCUGGUGAACGAAGAGACAACCUACCACGAACUAGAGGUUCAGGCCGAUAACAGAAAGCUCUCUGUGGAGGAUCUUCCGCUCACAAACGAGGACAUAUUCCCAGAACCAGCCGAUAUUCCUUUGCCCGAAGACGAAGAAACCUGGGAUCACCUAACUGAUGCACCUGUCGAACCUAUUGUGGAUGUGCAAGAAUCCAAUAUCGAGCAACCGCUUGAAGAACAAACCUUGGAAUACACACUGCCCUCCGAUAUCGAGCCUGAGCAUUCUAAUCACUAUUCAUCAUUCGUCGAGGCCCCACUCCAAACCCCGGAGCCUACUAGUGUCCUUGCAGAGCCAGAAAACGUACCAUUGCCCGAGGAUUCUCCAAUCCUAAUGCCAGAAGAACCUGAGACGGUCCUCAACUUUGAAGUAAUCGAGGAGCCUGCAACAGUUCAAGGGCCAGAGGUUAUUGGGGUAACAGAGGUAACAGAAACGCCUGAUUCUUCGCCAGAGCCCAUACUGCCAGAAUACACCUUCGAAACUGAGAAUGAAUCCCGUCGCCAGUCAAUGGGUGCUUUCGACCUUUCUCCGAUCUUGGAAACCGAAGAGGAGCCGUAUCUAGAGAGUCUGCCGAAUUUUGAGGACUUCUCAACCUCAGUAUCCGAGCCCAGAAUGACUGAAAUCUUAGAAGGAGGUUCAAACUCAGAGUCAGAAGACUUGUCAAAAGAGGAUAGCACUUCAACCUUAGAGCAGGAGCCCACAACGACCGAAACGCCGGAACAACGCCAGGAGACAGUUGCAGAAAAUCCGUCAGAAGAGAAUGUGUUUUCAGAUUAUACCCUUAAAGUUGAAUCUGAGCAGGAAUCUAUGAGCGGACUAGAUUUCGACGCUAAACCGGCCUCGCCGGUUGUAGAAAAUAUCGGAGGAUAUAUGGAGCCGGAGUUUUUCGAGCUACCCAAUGAAGAUUCAAUUCCUCCAUCGUCUUCAACAGCCGAGCCUGCUACAACAGCCGAAGUCGUGGGGAUAGAAUCUGAGACCCGGAUCCACGGCAACCAGCCAGACUACGAGCUUCAGGAAGAGCCUGAGUUCGAAUCAAUAAUUCGCCGUUUCUCCGUUGAGGGCGCUCAAAUCUCGCCACUUCCUAUGAACGAUAAUGAAAGCCCUGUCCCAGAAAUAAAUGUGGCACCACCCGAAGAUACCGUGGAUAUCUUGCCCUCGAUACCAAUGGAGUCUGAAGAGAUUCAUGAGACCCAGGAUUCUACCGAAUUUAUCACUCAGGAUGCAUUCGAGCCAAUUUUUGCGCAACAAAUUGAAGAACAGUCUAUCCAUCAACAAAGAUAUAAUACGCCUCCUCCAUUGGAGAUUCAAUCAAUUACACCAAAUACACAGUUUGAGUUUAGCAAAACCCCCGAAAUUCCAGAACCGAGGGUAGAAAACGACACAAAAAUAGAUUAUCAGGAGGGGGAAGAGAAGGAAGAGGUGGAAGAGGUGGAAGAGGUUAAGGAGGUGGAAGAGGUUAAGGUGGAAGAGGCUAAGGAGGUGGAAGAGGUUAAGGAGGUAGAAGAGGCGGAAGAGGUGAAGGAGGCGGAAGGGGUUAAGGAGGUGGAAGAGGUUAAGGAGGUGGAAGAGUUUAAGGAGAUAGAGGGGGUGGAAGAGGUGAAGAAGGUAAAGGAAGUAGAAGAGGCGAGGGAGGUGGAAGAGGAGAAAGGGGAGAAAGAGGAGGGAAAGGUGAGAGAGUUGGAGGAGAAAAUUAAAAAUGAGGGCUAUGAUGGAGAGAGGGAAAAAAUUGAUAUAGAAACCAUGGAGGACCUCGUUCAGCCGGAGGCUGAACCUAUCACAUUCGAAACCGGAAUCGACCUUACCAGAGAUAGCUUAGAAAAGGCUGACACACAAGAACCCAAAACUCUCUCGGCAGAGGUUGAGGACGAUGAAAGUGAUGCCUGGGAAGAAGGCGUCAAACUUGAAAUGCUAUCUGAAACUGAACAGGAAUUCCUGUCGAUUCAAAAGGAGGAGGAGGACGCUACUCAGAAAAAUCACGAGGACCCAAUCACUGAUGAAUACACAAUUUCUCCCGUCGUACAAUCUACCCAACAAUCUCCUUAUCUUGAGCAGUUUCCUAUCAUCGAACAAUCUCCCGUUGAGCAGUCUCCCGCAGUUGACCAACCCGCUUCCAUUGACGAGCAGUCGCUCGAUAUGUUUGACUACAUCUCCUUAAUUGUGGAAUCUACUCCGUCGAAAGAUAAUGUUCAAAUCGAACAUACGAUUGACAGUAGUGUAGAGUCUCCAAAAGAUGUCUCUGACUUAGAGGAUAGGAAAGAACAAGGAGAAGCCACCCUGGAAAUGCCAAUGGUCGCUGAGCAAGAAUCAAUCUUCGAGGAACCUUUAUUGGAAAAAGAGGGGCAAGAGGAGGGGGAAGAACGAACAGAGAAGCAUGCCCACAAGGAUGAUGAGGGAAAUGCUCUAGCUGAACGCGAAUUUACUACAGAACCUCCGGUCCAGGAAGAACAGUCCGGUAGCCAAUUUGAACACCCUGCACACCUUGCAGAACCCGAGUUAACCGUGGAGGAGGCCGAGAAGAUAUUCGAGGAGAUUGUUAGCCCUGAGCCAGAAACCGAUAACUAUGUUCAGCUUGAAGAGAGCCAGGUCACGCAGGAGGCCGAGGGGGUCGAGAUGCUCGCAAGAAAUGAAGAGGAUCCAGUUGAGGAUGAAAGAGCAGCAGAUCACCAAGAAAGGAAUCAACCCCAACCAGCGUCUCCUGGCCUCGAGGGGUUCGUUGAUAUGUAUGAUCUUUCGUCGUCAAAAAGCACUGCCCCAGAUAAUACCACCGGACAGUUGGAUAUGGAGGAACCCAAAAUAGAGCAUGGUGACAUGGUUGAACAUACAGAGUAUGAAGAAUUCAAGGACGUCUCUGAACACCCUGAAACACAAGAAGGACGCCCCCAUGAUGAGGCAACUGAGGGAAGUAAAAUGGACGAUCUGAGUAAACAGUCUUUGGAACAAUCAGAAUCAUUCGUGGAUUUUUCGGCAUUACCUCUAUUCCAGGAGCCAGUGGAUACCGCUGAGCUCUACUCUCCCAAGAUCGGGGAGCUUGAAGCUACAGACGCCGCUAUUGUCGAACCAAACCUGGAUGUCCCAGAAAUUGCCGCGGAAUUAACAACACUGCCGCAAGAGAUCAAGAUUGAGGAAAAAGCCGAUACUUCAGAGGAGGUCCAUACUCCUGUCGAGGAUGAGAAAGUUCCUGUCAAAGAGACUUUACCGUUCUCUACUCCCGAUUUUGGGGCCGAACAUAGUGAAAGCAUUGCAGGUAUUGGACAGUCAGAUAUCCACCUCGAGAGCGAGGACAUUAUGAAGCUGCCUUUGCUUGAGGCAGAAGUGUUUGUCAAGCCAUCUGAUUUUCAAGAAUCGACCCACGGAUUGGUAGAAUCAGCACAAAUGGCGGAGUUUCAGCCGCGUGAGUUAAGCAGGCCUGCUUCUCCUGUCACUGACGUCGAAAAGAUCCGCAAUGAUAAUGAAGAGAGGAGUCAACUUCAAGAAAGCUUGGUACAUGGCUUAAACGAAGAAAAAUCAUCUAUCGAGACUUCCCAAAGACCUGUUAUUGCCUCGGCCUUGAUUCAUGAAACAGAUAUCCAACAAUUUGAACCUCUCUCACCCAACGAAAAGAAAGCUCGGGAGAACCAAUUUUUCGAGGAAGAUGCCGAAGAUUAUAUGUCAUUGAAAAAUGAACAAAACAAGAAGAACGAGCCCCAAGUGCCGUCACCAACUCCAAAGGGUCUUGAGUCAUAUCAAAUUCCUGAGGGGCUGGUAGAGUAUAUCCCUACUCCUGUAGCUGCAAAACCAAAAUCCCCUGAUGUUCCAAGUGCUUCUGUCGAAGAGGCUGCGCCAAACACUCAGACCAGGGAAGACAUCGUAUCGCCUCAGGAAAAUGCCAUUCAACAGCCCGAAUCCGUCGAGGAAAACCAGGCGACGGGACAUGAAUCAACACCGAUGGAAGCCAGUCUCUCCGUGACGUCGGUACCAAUGACGCCUACACUAUCAGAAGUUAAUAAGAGAAGGUCGAAGAAGGCGAGACAGAGGGAAAAGAAGAGGAAGUCGCUUCAGGGAGUUGAUAUUUCUGGAUCUUCUGUGGCCAACGCUGAAAUGUCAACGACUCCAAGUGUUGGGGAGUUUCCGUCUGGGGUCCCCAUCCUGAGAACACUUUCGACAGGAAAUGGAUCUCCCGUUACUAAAACUCAGCCAGCAACGCCAGUGGUGAGCCCGAAUAAGAAUGCAGGGAGCAAGGUAGUUGAAAAUGUUGAACAAGGAGAGAAUGAACGGAUAACUGAAAGCAUGAGCGAGGGAUUGAAGCAGGAGGAUAAAUUAUCAGGGGCAGACAGUCAGGAUAUCCGGGAUCGAUUCCCAAAUGAUCACCGCGAGAACCCAAUAGCAGAUAAGUCAAAAUCAACAUCAUCCAUUAGUACAACGGAAUUAGAAAGGUCAAAUCAAUAUGAGAACGAAACUGUGGAUUUUCCUGCAACCCAUCUGGAGUCGUCGAUAAGCAUUCAGGAGGCAACAAAACCCGUUGAAGAGCCUAUGAUCAGCCAGUUUCCAGCCGCACUUGACUUCUCGGCCCCAAUGGUUGAACCAAAGACACUAGCAGAUGUGCCAGAAGAGGAGGUAAAGGGGAGGCUAGGAUCUGUAUCUAGUACUAUAACUCCUCCACCACUCACCACUGCCCAUCAACUUACGCCUGCUUCACCAUCCCUGGUAACGCCUGCGCUAAAUGCUGGGGAUUUACUUGAGUUCUCUAAGAAGCAACCCGAUUCUCGUCCAAGUACUCCUCGGGCCCCUCAAAUUGUCAUUAACUCGAUAGACUCGCCAAAUGGACCCGACAUUCUUCCGUUUCCUGGACGCCGCUCGCCCAAGGUAGACGUCGCUCACUUGCGCCUACCGUCUAAUAUUCCCCGAGACCCAGGCCUUCCACAAAUAUUGCGACAGGAGUCUUCAGAAAGUCAAUUUACCGGCGGUGUCUCGCUAUCAGGACCCCAAGAUUUUACGUCUCCGGACCCAUCUUCAAUUUCGACUGGCGCACGUAACCUUGGCACUCCUGGUGCUAUUAUAUACGGUGACCCAGAGGACGAAGACCCAAGUUUAUCAUCUUUUGGUGAUGGCGAACUCCAAGGGAUCCCAGUCGCUCAAGUUGGACUACGUAGUCCUAUGUUCACCUCCAGCUCCAAAGCUCAAGGUUUCCUUAGGGCAAACAAUGCCCCAAGUCAGAGAUUCCCAUCUCCUGACAACGACAUCGAUGGGGUCACUCCAGGGGUCGAGGAAAACAGGAAACUUGAAUUGGCGCCGUCACCGUCAAUUGAGGCAGAGCCACGAGCGGAAGAAGUUGAUAAGGGCAAAGGCGGGAAAGAGGGAGAAGAGGGGAUUGAGCUUGGAGGAGAUCAUGGCUCCCAUGAUACAACCGUCAUUACCGCACUAGAAAACGAAACCGCUCAAUCCGAUAAUAAUAAUAAUGAAAUACCUGCAAUUAAUAUACCCCCUCAAUUUUCUGUCUAUUCCAAGGAAGCCGAAUCAGUAUCUGAACAAGAAAACACAAGCACGUAUCAUACUGUGGACGCCGAGGAUCUUCUAUCUCAAACUAGUACCAAUAAUCCAAACCCCACAACAGCAUUCCCCAAUCAAUCUUCAACUUUUGGCUUACCCAUCGAAAAUUAUACGACCGUCGAACUCCUGUCUGGAGACCAAACCAAAAGCUCAUCUACAACUCCUCAACAAAUACUAUCACCCGAGCAAGCACCCAUUCUCACUCGCACAAAUUCCACCGAAUCAUCUUCCACCAAAUCAUCUUCCACCCCCGAAGGUGUAUCUCUCCAACCACAGUCUAUAGAAGAAACACCAUCUGCAUCAUCUCCUGUUCUAGAAAAUCUCCCUCGAAUACUUCAAGAAUCCUCUAGAUCCCCACCAUCAGAAACUGGAAGUCGGUCGUGUUUGGACGAGGAUACCCGCAUUCCACCGUCUGAAGCCUCAUUGACACCUCCGCCACCUCUCACUCACUCAUCUUCUUUUGAAUCGGCAAUUGAAUUCUGGAAGCGCCGAUCUCUCCUUAGCACCGCAGACUCAAUACCGACACCUCAACUCAGCCCAUACGCCGAAUCUGGAGUUUCUCUACCAAUUUCUAUUCUCCCAAAAUCACGAAGAUCGUCAUCUGUCCGACCCCGUUCUCUGGUUGAACAGAACUCAGAGCCCCUAAACACAAAAGCAAAGGGUCACUCUUCUAGCUCCGAGAACACAACCGAAAUCUCGGUUAAUACUGCCAAAGCCACGCCACCUCAGGCAUCUCUUGAACUAAGAGUAGAGAAUCAAAAUAUCAAGGAUAAAGUCACGGUUGAAGUAGAUCAGUCGUACCAGGUAUCCGUCAGACAGGGGUCCGACAAAAACAAAGCACAGGCAGAGAUCGAUCUUCAGGCGCCAGCUUCGCUUACCUCAAAUCAAGAACGGCGCUUAUCUCAGACUGUAAGCCUUCAGAGUCAAGACUCGUGCGACUCGCUUCGAACAGUAAUUACUAAAGACGGCCGUGCGCCCUCACCUUCAUACCCUGAUCUGAUUCGCGAACCGACUCUUCCUGAGGAAAUCCAAGACUCUGGAAAGGUUGCCCCGGAAACUGAAAAAUUAGAAAUCCCAAAAAGGAAUAUUCCAAAUAAACCCUACGAAAGUGUUUUUGGUGGGCCAGCAAGAGAACGAAGCAUAUCAGAUCCUUUCUUAACCAAGGAAGAUACUCAAAAUAAUAACCUACAAUCGUUCCAGCUCUCGCAAAGAACUCUCGAUCAGCCCCUCACAUAUUCAGGGAGACCACUUGCGGAAGGAGAAAUAAGAGACAACUUUGGAUCUCCCGUUAAACUUUCCCACCCCACAAAACAGGGUCUCUCUACCAUCAUCGAACAGAAACCUGAAGAAUUUGUGAGGCCAAGCCUGCCCAGGUCGAACACAGCAAAAGAGCGUGACUUCACUUCUACUGAAGAAUUUGUGAGGCCAAGCUUGCCCAGGUCGAAAACAGCAAAAGAGCGUGACUUCAUUUCUACUGACGACUUACUAUCACGUCUCCCAACACAUCGGCCGCUACAACGGGCCAAGAGAUUAACUCCACUCACACUAUCUUCAACUCCAGCUCAAAUAACAAGAGUUCCCACCGAAAAAAUGGAUGUAUUAAAAAGAGGCGAGCGGAGACGAACUGUCACUCCGUCCUUAAGACGCGCGGGCAGUCAGCUCGACAGUCCGAAUGCGAGCACUGAACACAUCAUUUUCGGGGGAGAUGAUUAUCAACAUCAGCAAGGAAAAGUACUGCAGAAAGCCGAUUUAUAUGAAUCAUGGGGGGACAAAGCUAGCGAACCAAAAUCGCCAACCCGGCCACCAAGCAUAAGAAGGAGACAGAGUUUGCAAAUCGUUGACUUGGAGAAUCGCCUUGAAGGCCUUGCCGCGGAGAACACUAGCUUAAUUCAAGAAAAGGCCAAUGUCGAGAAAACACUCUCUGAAUCAAUUCAACGCUAUAGGAAAGAUACAGCGAUCUUCACCAAAGAAAUCGAAGAAGGGAAGGCACUCCUCACAGAAAAAGAUAGCGAGAUAACAGAGUUGAGGAAGAAACUGGACUAUUACCAUACGGAGGUUCAGAGACUUAGUCAGGCUAACAGCAGCCUCAACAAGACAAACACAAGCCUAUCAACGUCCUACAAGUUUAGCUAUGGAGCUCUAGCUGGCAAGUACGAACGUAAGCGAGAACAGCUCGCUACCUUAUCGAAAGAGCACACCGAACUCCAAGCCAGCUUCGCCGAGGUACAGGCAACCAUGGAGAACGUGAUUCGUAACCAAUUGAAAGAGAAAGAUUCCGAGCUCGAAAGGUUACGAGACGAGUUGACCAAGGCUAGAGAGGAAGUGCGUAAAUUGCAGCAACAGGUCACAACAAGACAAGACAAUAAGUAUCUUGAUACCAAGGACCUGCAUCAUUUCUCUAGCUCGUGCCAGCAACUCUAUAGCUCGCUCAAGAUCUGGUGUAACCAGUUUUCAAGCUUUUCAAUUGGAAAGAAGUGUGUCCAUGUUCACAGACUAAAAGAUGAGGCUGUCAGGGACCGAGUGGAGCAUGUUAUGCUUGACGAUAGAGGGGUUCGAAGAAUGCUUAAAGAUGAGAACAAGAGGUCUGACGUGUUCAUGGCGAUCACCAUCAGGAUGAUAUGGGAGCAUGUGUUCACGAGAUACCUCUUUGGAUUGGAGGUUGAUGAACGAAAAAAGCUAAUCUCCUUAGAAACGACCUUGGCCGAAGUUGGAUUACAUGAAGCUGUUCACCAAUGGCGGUCCACGACUUUGACUCUCCUCUCAACCAGACCAGCUAUCGUAGCCAAGCGCAACGCAGAUACAGAAGAGAUUGUUCAAACAAUAUUCAACCUGUUGAACUUCCUUCUUCCACCUCCACCUCAGUACCGCAGCCUAGCCAUGGAGUCGCUUCGUAGUCUUGUACAACAUUCUGUUCAACUAGCCGUCGAAAUGCGAACUCAGCGUGCCGAAUACGUCAUGAAGCGCCCACCUCGACCCGAUUACGAUGAUCAAGGAGAGGUAACCAACACGGUACCCUUCGUAGCCUCUAGCAUGCAGAACCGCGGGGCAGAGCCGAUCUCAGCUCGAGAACUCGAGGAGGAGGGCGCAACAGUCAAAUUGAUCCUGUUCCCACAGGUCAUUCGUCGUGGCAACGAGUAUGGGGAGAACUACGAAACUGAGACUACUGUUCUGCCAAUGCAGGUACUCGUGAAUAGGCCCCAACUCAGCCCUAUGGAGACACCGAAGACGACACCUGAGAAGGUGAAGGUUGCGGCGCAGAGCAUCUUGCCUGUGAUACCGGAGCAGACUAUACGGCUUGUUCAAGAGGAUGCGGCGGCGUCGAGAGGGUACCCAUUCCCGAACAUUGAAGAUUGA